AUGAGGGACAAGGAGGAGAUUGCAACGAGCAGGGGGUCUUCCUGUCCAAAGCAGGCAGACUGGAGUCGAAUCAAUUUUACCUUCCUAGUAUUUGUACUGGGAAUCAAAACGGUGUUUUGCAUUUUACUAUUUCUAUACCACCAUGUGUUGCUGUUUUUUAUAUUCUUCAUGUCCACAGUCAUUUCGCUGUACUCACUGCUUGUAAACACCUUCAAGGCAUUAGCCCUAUACAUAGUCAUUUUAACGUCCAUCCUAACAUCGAUCCUGUUGUCCUUAUUUAAUAUCAUACAAGUAGAGUAUAUAUCUAACGUUUUUAAAGAGGUGGUUCUCUCCACCGUGUCAUAUUCUGUGUUACCUUUGUUCAUAUUAGAAUUCUUUGUAGCGAUUAUUUACACAUGCUUGAAGAGGAGAAAAAAAGGAUACAUCCAAAAAAGUUUAAGGGAAUUAAAAAUAAUCGUCGAUGGAAGCAAAAACAAGGACAAAGAAGAACAUCUCUUGUCGCUGAAAAUCGAUUUGGAGAAAAAUGAACUAAACACAUGUGACAAGACGUAUAAGUACUACUUGACUAAUUAUAAAAACAAGAAAUACAUUUGCAUUGAGAAGAAGACUGAUUAUUCAAGUGGCGAGGAGGAUCGAAGCUCCCAUCACAUUGGAAACGACUACACCGAUUACAAUGACAUUUCGUCCAAGUACUCAACUUUGAAGAAUCAGCAAAGCAGCAAUGGUAAAAAAGCCUUCCAUGCGGGAAAAAACGCACAUAAAGGAUCCCAUAAAAGUGACUCCCUGUCCUACUACCACGUCAGUGAGGAUUUAAGUUUUAUGCAUUCGGGAAUUAAAAAAUAUGCGAAAAAGAACGAAAAAAAUAAUGCGAAAAAGAAAAAGUCUGGAGGAAAGGGGAAAGCGGCAGGGGACACCCAUACUGUUGGUAGUUGUGGUGAUGGUAGCCACAUGCACAGUGCGAGCCCCCACACGAAGGGUAGGAAGAGCCAAUGGAGCAAUGACAAGCAUAGCAUUACUGAUAAGGACUACAACAACUUGGAUAAUAAUGAAAGGGAAGAUGAGGAAGAAGGCACAUCCAUUAUUUCACAAGAGUUCCCAUCCGAAAUGCAUUUCCUUACGCAGCAGGUCGAACGACGUAAUAGCAAUACCAGGUCUAACGGCGUGAUGGACACUCUACAAAAUCACGCACCAGAUCAGAGAGAGAAUUCCAAAAAGGAUUCCUCGGAAUAUAUAAAAAAUUCAUUUUCAUUGGAUAAUUACGAAGAAGUAAAUCAUAUAAUUGAAAAAUUUAUCGAAAAGAACAAGGGAGGGGGUACUCCAAGUGUAGAUCUCACGUGUGACCUCACCAAAAAGACUGAAAAACAGAAUGACGCACAGGCUACUGAACAGAAGAUGGACGAAGUAGACACGGGAAGUAGAAGCAUGCAGAUGAAUGACAGCCUCGCACAGAAAGUGGUGCCACAGGAUGAGACCACACUGGGAGCAGUCCACCUUACCCCCUUACAAGAGGUAUGCAAUCAGGUGGAAAAAACGCAUGUAAAAAAUGACGAAGAAAAAGAGGACCAUCUUUUGAGCCACAUGACCUCCCAGGUAGAGGAAGAAUUGAUAAAAAUUAUUACAAAUCAGACGCGUCAUCAGCCGGGAGGAAUUUACGCAGAAUGCACAGCGGAGGAAAAGGACUCUGGUCAAUUUGCUGACAUAGAAGAUCAUCAUAUUGACAUAGUCGCAAAGUUCGAAGCACAGAAAAAUAACCAGGGGUACGAACUUCAUUCAAAUGCGAGUAAGAUGGAGGCGAACCAAAAAAAACAAUCGCAUGGCGUAGAACUAGACCCAAGUGACAUACCUAACAAGAAUAAUAAUCCUCUAUUAUGUGUCCCAGCCAACAUGGAGCAAGAAACAAAACAAGUGGGUGGAACCAAUGAGAAGGAACUGUUGAUGAGUGAACAGAAAAAUUCCCAAAGUGAGGUGACACCCGUAAUUAGCCCCAAAAAUCAAGCGGGUAAACACACAGAACAAGUAGAGGUUACGCAUGAUGGAGAUUCCUACACGGAUGUGCAGGUCCAGAUAGAACAAGAAAUUAAAGAGCAGCCGGAGGAUCAGUCAGAACAACAAUGGAAUGAGCUUCCCACGGAGCAGCCGUCCGAAUUGCCGUCCUAUUUACCCGCAAAACUUCCAUCCGGGGAACCAUCCCAGUUACACAUAGAAGAGCUCGCAGACACCCCAAGCCCUGCUUUAUCAAACAUGCCAAACGACAAAGAAGGAAAGGACGAUGGAGAUGAAGACAAGGGGGACAAUCAGAGUGACAACACCUCGGAGUCGAAAAAAACACAUGAAGGUGAGAAACAGGUGAGAAAUGUUCUCUGUACCAAUUUAGAGGAGACCAAUCUCCUAAGGAGUGCAAGUUACGUCGUAGAUACAAAGCAAUGGAUAAAGCUAGAAAAAAAAGACAUAGAAAUGUUGAAGCAAUCUGUUAACAUCAACAACAUUGAACACAUACCAAUUGAUGAUUUUUACACAAAAAAUAUAAAAGAACGUGGUGCUAAUCUGUUCUCCUACUCCAUUGAUUCGAGUAACAUGUCUGAAUUUCUCAAAAUCGGGGUGGAUCAAAUGGCAUAUUCUAGCUGGGGUGCACAACAGGAGGAGAGUCUAACCAGCAGUAACGACAUAUGCAAAAAAAUAAAUUUCGCAAAUUUGGAAAAUAAGAAAAAUAAUUAUGUCACCCUUUUUGAUGAUGGAGUUAUCCCCCGAGGGGGCCUCAACGAAAAGGAAAAGGUCACCGAAUUGUUGAACCUCCAACAGAGUGUGACCUCCCAUUUGGACUAUAACAAAAUGGAUUCAGUGCACCAAUCUUCUCAUGUGGGAGGAGCUAAUCAAACGGGUGAAAAAAACCUAUCGAAUGGCUUUCAAUCUGGUGAGGAUUCCAAUCAGAAAUGGAGUCAAAAAGAGGAGCUCGAUCAUGGAGAAGGACAAAAGUCUAAUGAAAAAGGCCCAUAUGCAUCAGUACAAAUGCACAACAGUAGUAACACCCUCAGUUCCAACUUGUACACAACGGAACAGGGGGAGUAUAAGAAUUACGAGGAGGUCUCCAAGGACAACUCGAACAAUGCAGAUGCCUUUGUAAACAAUGGCAUGUAUGGAGAGAAGAGCGAAAUGGGCAAAAGUAACAUGAGCGAUGAACUUCCCCCAAAUAGCUUCGACAACACAAACGAUAAUGUCAUUCUUACUUACAGCAGUUAUAAUGAUGACAUGCAGAGUGUGCCAAAUAGUCAUCUCAUUGUCGUCAAAGAGGAACAUUUCACGAAGGAGUCAGAGAACUCGACAAGCAUCUUAAAUGGGGAGAGAAACCCGAGCAGCGGUAACACCAAUGAACCUCCCAAAUGUAUGGAUGAUAAAGAUACAAAUAAAGAACAAAAAGACACACAGAACAUUUGCAGUAAUGACAUGUGCGAAACGACCUCCAUAUUUAAACAACGGAAAUCCUUCUUCGAGAAUUUAAAAAAAGACAAGCCGUUGAGCAGUCACCCCGCAAAAAUGUUGCUUAGCAAUGAAAGGAACGUCCUCAAAAAAGUCACCGACAAAACUGAUGGAGAUGUCAGCAGAAUGGUGAGCGCGAAGAGUGAAGGAGAUGUCCUCAAUUCCAACUCGUCCAUAAAUCAAUAUAAAAAAGAGAAUAUCCCAAUAGAAGAAUCAAAUGUCAAUAGUUCCACCCCAGAAGGAGAACACAACGAAACAAACACAGAAACUCCUCUAGAAAAAUUUGCACAAUUAAAGAAAGCGAAAAAUAUAAGUCACAAUUUUUACAUCAUAAAUGACAAACUGAAGAGCAGCGGAAAGGAAAAGAAGGAUACGUCUGCUAUGGGUAUAUCGCCAAAUGAGCAGCUAACACCCUCAAACGAGCUGCCAGGUAGCAGUACAUCCCAUCUACCCAACCAGGUUAAGGAAAACGAAAUGGAAAAAAUGGAAAAAAUAGAAAACACCGACGAGGUGGGAAAAGAAGAAAGCAUGAACGAAAUGACCAACACUGAGAGUAAGCAAAAAAUCACACAACAUUUUGUCAUUUACGAUCAAAGUGAUUUGGCAGAGCCCAGUUCAAAUCUGGAUGAAGGGACACCAACCAUGGGGGAGACACACAACUUGGGAAAAAAAAAAAAAAUUGAAGGAACCAUACCCAACACAGUAAUAACCGUGAACAACUACACUAUUAAUUCGAGUGUUGGUGUACAUAUAAUAGACGGCAAAAAAACUAUGUUCACUUCAGCUACACAACUAAGUAAAGAUAGUUUCAUGAAUUUGGGAAAAGCAGAAAAAAUUAUUCACGAUGUAAAAACUGAAGGUAGUUAUCAUGACAUAUGUCUCCAUAGCCAAGUUCAGGAGGUUCCCACGUUUGGCAGCAGUGAAGAACCCAACUUCCAGUAUAGGAAAAAAAAAUUCACAGAAUUGAAAAAGAAAACCACUCCUAUGAACAGCAAUCCUUUGAAUGACACCCCCACUGCGGAAGUUACAAACUCAAUGCUGCAUGCAUUCGCGGACAUUAACUCAGACGAUACGAAGGGAGUAUUGCCCAGUGAACACAUGCAAAGCGAACUCGUGUCGAGCCAGGUGAUGAACUCGGAAGCGUGCCCCUACUCCGCAGAUUUGUUGCCUUCUGCUGAUAACUCGUUUCUCGUAGGAUCUACAGAGAUGGACAACUUUAAGGACGAUUUUUUUAAUAUGAAUUCCUGCGACAGCAGCGUAAUGUAUAGGGACUUCAUGGACGCAAUGAAUCCGGGGGGACAACCGGAGGUGGAACAGGCGGAAGAGGCAGAAGUGGAAGAGGUAGAAAUUGAAGAGGUACAACUGGAAGAUGUAGACAUGGAAUAUUUAGAAGUGGAUGAAGUUCCAGAACUAGUAGAAGUUCUUUCUGAGCCAAUGGAAGCCGCAUCCAAGUCAGAGGAGGCGCCCCACGAACAGGCAGGUAAUAACCUCCCACAUGAAACAUUACACUCCGCAGAGGAAGACGCAAAUCUGGAGAGCGAAAAUAUCCACUUGUUGGACGAUUUACCCACACAAAAGACACAUCUGAAAAUGGAAAAAACAAACACUAUGGGGAAUGCGAACCCUAGCUGUGACGUAUCAUCCGGUGUGCACACAGAUAAGCAUGAAGCGGGCGACACAAAUGACACAAUUGAUCAUUUGAAAGAGGACCAAUCACCCGACACUGCAACGGACAUGAAGGAAAAUUACACAAAGGAAAUGUGCACAAAGAAUGGCGCAGAGGAGCAACCCUUUAGUGAUGACAAGGCAGAGGGUGAAGAGAAGCCGAACGAGGAGUUAAGCGCGGAGCCAACAUUGCAAGAGGAACUCACAGCAAAGGACAACUUCGAAGGGGACGAAACACAGCCAAGUUACCCACAUGAAGAGGACACUCCACUGGGUGACGCAGCUAUAUAUGAAUGUAACGAAAUUCCUCCCAUAGAAGAGAAAAAAGAGGACAUCACAUCAUCGCCCACAGAACAAGCGAUAGACAAUUUAGAAAAUGUAAUCGAGCCUCCCAUGGUAGAAGCAAGCACCGGGGGUGGCGAACCGAAGGAAGAAGUGCCCCCACAUGAAGAAACCAGUGGUGAUGGCAUUGUUGGCCAUAAUAACGAUAUGCAUGCGUCUGGGAAGGUAAAACCGGGGAUGAGCGAAAGUCGAGCUUCAUCCAACGUUAACCACGAAAGGGCUAAGAAUUAUAAAAAUAGAAAAAACAAUAAAUGGAGGCAUAAAAGAAGAUAA